AUGACAGCAUCUUCAGCCCGCCACAGGCCGCCACAGACCGCCACAGGCCGCCACAGGCCGCCACACGCCGCCACAGACCGCCACAGGCCGCCACAGACCGCCACAGGCCGCCACAGACCGCCACAGGCCGCCACAGGCCGCCACAGGCCGCCACAGGCCGCCACAGGCCGCCACAGGCCGCCACAGGCCGCCACAGGCCGCCACAGGCCGCCACAGGCCGCCACAGGCCGCCACAGGCCGCCACAGGCCGCCACAGGCCGCCACAAGCCGCCACAGGCCGCCACAAGCCGCCACAGACCGCCACAGGCCGCCACAGGCCGCCACAGGCCGCCACAGGCCGCCACAGGCCGCCACAGGCCGCCACAGGCCGCCACAGGCCGCCACAGGCCGCCACAGGCCGCCACAGGCCGCCACAGGCCGCCACAGGCCGCCACAGGCCGCCACAGACCGCCACAGGCCGCCACAAGCCGCCACAGGCCGCCACAGGCCGCCACAGACCGCCACAGGCCGCCACAGGCCGCCACAGGCCGCCACAGACUGCCACAGGCCGCCACAGGCCGCCACAGGCCGCCACAGGCCGCCACAGACCGCUACAGGCCGCCACAGGCCGCCACAGACUGCCACAGGCAGCCACAGGCCGCCACAGACCGCCACUGGCCGCCACAGGCCGCCACAGACCGCCACAGGCCGCCACAGACUGCCACAGACUGCCACAGGCAGCCACAGGCCGCCACAGGCCGCCACAGACUGCCACAGGCCGCCACAGACUGCCAUAGGCAGCCACAGACCGCCACAGGCCGCCACAGACCGCCACAGGCCGCCACAGGCCGCCACAGGCUGCCACAGGCCGCCACAGACCGCCACAGGCCGCCACAGACUGCCACAGGCCGCCACAGGCCGCCACAGACUGCCACAGGCCGCCACAGGCCGCCACAGACUGCCACAGGCAGCCACAGGCAGCCACAGGCCGCCACAGGCCGCCACAGACCGCCACAGGCCGCCACAGACCGCCACAGACUGCCACAGGCCGCCACAGGCAGCCACAGGCAGCCACAGACAGCCACAGACCCCCACAGCCAACAGGGGACUGGCUGGCCGACGCUGGUCUUUGUCUCUCGCCACAUGCAAGUCUUUGUCACACACGGCGUCGCUGCCUCUAUUAAGGAGGAGGACAAAGAUCUGAGGCACAGUCUAGGGUUGUGA